CACACAGUCAACCCGCAGCUCUUUCAGGGAAAGGGGAAAGGAUCCCGAAUGGAGCCGAUGCUGCACGAGACUGGCCGCUUUUUCCGGACGUUGUUCCGCUGCAGCUUUUUUCCGCCCUCUUUGCGUCCUGGAGGAACCGGUUCGUGCGCUCUGUGCUGAGAGUCUUUAAGUCGCGCAUGUCGGAAAUGCGCCUGUAUUUAACGUGUGUGUGUUUCCUGUCGGCGGAUUGCACCUCGGCCAGGAGGACAGCUCAGCAACAGCCUUUGUUCGGACAGAGGGCUACUUGUGCCAUUCCCGGGCCACGCCAUUGAAUUUCCUGUGCUUAGUGGACAUUAGUGUCCAAGCAUGAAGACUUGGACAGUGGACGGUAGCCGGGAAUAGGACACGCGUUAAAGAGGGGAGACAAUGCGGUUAUGAGACGAGCUCUUCUCCAAAAGAAAGAAAGAAGGAAAGAAAGAAGAUCACCUGCGCCUGCUGAUUGUCACUGCGCUCACUGACAGAGUGACAUUUACUGACACUUGCUGUCACAGUCUCAUCAUCAUCAUCCUCAUCAUCAUCAUUACAGGUGAAGCCAAAGCCAGGUGCGAAUCGCCGGACUCCAUACCACACAGCAGACGGCUUUUCACUGACCUCUCACCUUGAGCUAUGACGUCCCCACCCUCCCCUCUGGCUUCCCCUUGUCCUUGCCCUCCUCCCCCUCCCUCUCUGCCCUCAUCCCCUGCCCCAUCCUCUCCUGCGCCCUCUACUGUCCCGGUGCCUCCCUCGCUACCCCCUACAGGUGAGGUAAUGGUGAUGGCCCUGGGACGGAAGAAACAGAGGCUUUUCAUCGUGCUUUCCAUCUUGCCUAACCUCUUUUUGGCCUUCCUGCUGUCUUCUGACCCGCUGUUGACCCUGGCAUCACCCCAUCACUGUCACCUGUCGGUGUCCAACCCCACGGAUGAGAUGCUAAAUGCCUCACUGCCCUGGGAGAAGGGUACUAGGGAAGGCGACAGUGGGGGGCUCUCCCAGUGCACCCAGUACCUGUUCCUUAACGGCACUCGCUCUGGUGUAGUGGACUGUGAAGCUGGGUGGGACUUUAAUGUCACUGAAGGCCUGAGGAAUAACAUUGUCACUGAGUGGAAUCUGGUGUGCUCUCAGUAUUGGCUGGUCCCAGUGGAGGAAGUGUGCUUCAUAUUGGGUAUCCUGAUAGGCUGCCUGGGCCUUGGAUAUGCUGCUGACCGAUUGGGCCGGCUGAAGACCCUGCUAAUCUCUCUCACUUUGUCUGUGGUUUUUGGCAUACUGGUGUGUGUGUCUCCCUCACCACCUAUGUUCAUCGCCAUGCGGUUCUGCUUGGCCGCAGCCACUGCUGGCAUUUAUCUCGUGCUAUAUAUUGCACGUUUGGAACUGUGUGAUCCUUCACUGCGUCUCCUGGUGACCAUGAUUGCGGGACUGACAACAGUUGCCGGGGAGCUCUUAUUGCUGGGAGUAGCUGUUGGAUGCCCGACAUGGAGGGGGUUGAUAGGAACCGGAGCGGCACCUCUUUCUCUCUUCCUCUGCUAUGGUAUUCCAGGUGUCUUUCCAGAGUCUCCACGCUGGUUAUUGCUCUCAGAGAGAGCAGGUGACAUGAACUCGUUCAGUGAACACAGUGAGCGACAAAGAGAAGAUGAUGGCUUCACAGAGCUGGAGUCGGAGUCCCCGCAGCCUGGUCGUCCUCACUUGUCCUUCCCAGAGCUACUCCAGAGUCGAAACAUCUGGAAAAACAUGUGUGUGUUGGGCUUUACCUCGUUCAUCUCUCAUGGCAUUAGUCACUGCUACAGCUCCUUCAGGGGUGAUGUCCGAGGCACUACUUCCAGUUUCUAUUGGACCUACCUGCUGUCUGUCUGUGCAGGAGGUGGAGCUUGGCUGUUGCUCUGGGCAACAGUGGACCGGUGUGGUCGCCGUGGGAUCCUCUUGCUGGCCAUGACAAUGACGGGACUCGCCUCUCUCAUUCUGCUGGGCCUGAUGGAGUAUCUGAGCGAGUCAGCCAUUACAGUGUUCUCCGUGCUGGGCCUGUUCUCAUCACAGGCUGCUGCGUCUCUGUGUGUCCUCUUUACGGCUGAAAUCAUGCCCACCAUCAUUAGGGGAAGUGGGGUGGGUGCUAUCCUGGCUCUUGGCUGCGUGGGUCGGCUUAGCUCUCCUCUGAUGGACCUACGCAACCAUUAUGGCUACUUCCUGCACCAUGUAGUCUACUCUUCUCUUGCCCUGUUGGCUGUUCUGUCCAUUCUGCUGCUUCCGGAGAGCAAACGGAAGCCCCUGCCACAGACACUAGCUGAUGGUGAGCAAUACAGGCGCCCACCACUGGGCCGGAAGAGGAGGGACAACGUUCCUUUGCUUGCCACACCAAAUCCAGAGACCUAGCCUUCUUUGUAGACACACAUGCACCUGUCCACCUCAGCCAUUCCCCUGACUCUCACCAUGUCUGUGUGGCAGAGGACGAGAGGGGGCGCAUGGGACAAGCCUUCUUAACUUCCCAUCCUGUAAUCAUUCCUAACGCGUAAAUGGAGCUACAGCACGCUCCUGCUGAAGUGCGAGGGGUGAGAAACUCAACGGUGUAGAGAGCCAACCGUGCUCUGUAGUAUCCCAGGGCUCAACUACAGCUAGCAGUGAGUGCCAAUUUCAUAUACCGUGCAACAGGUGGUAACCCUAAAAAGUAACACACCAGACAGUUGCCAUCAUGGACAUAAUACAAGUGUGUAUGGCCCAUAUAGCAGAGUGACAAAUCCCCUAAGUACAUCAGCCCCACUUCAUACAGGCAAGGGCUCAAAAUACUACAGUUGUUUUGUAAAUACCCUAAAUAUACUCUCUCUGAACUGAAAUAGAAUAUAAAAGGUAGGGAGGAAAUAGACAUUCUAUUAUGCUCCUGCCGGCCCAUCAGCACAAUAGAAAAACUUCAUUGCAAGUUCUUCUGUUAUUUAUCAACGGGUAGUUUAUAAUGGCAUUAUGGUACUGAUUAUUCUGAUUCGUGUAUGCGGGAGUGUGGCAUGCUGACAGGGAAGGAGUAUUCAUGUUACACACAGCGCCUGUAGCACUCUUAUAGACACUUUGGGGAAACAGGACUGAAUCUUGCACCCAGUAUUAAUGAGUGUGAAGGGAAGCAAAGGACAAGUGCUAGAAUGUGUGGUCCGUGUGGUCAUGCUCUGAGCACAAGCAUGGAACAUGAGCCAAAGAAACUGAAGGAAUGAAUAAUGCAGCCUUGUCUUAGAAUCACCGCUCUGUCAAUUUGUUAGUUUGUUUUAAAAAAUGCACUUAAUUCUCUGUUGGUAGUAAUAAUAAGACAAUUAAUGAUUAUUAUGAUAAUUGCUAAAAAUUACUUGACAGUAGUAAUAAGACUUUAAUAACUGAUUGCUUAGGAUUAUUUACCAAGUAAUAAUAUGUGCUGUAAUUAUGUUAAUAAAUCUUUAACCUAAUUUAAUUGAAAAUAAAAUUUUAAAAAUGAAAGUUGGUUCUGUCUUUGUAUUAAUGUAAUGUAAUAUGACCUGUAAUGGACUGGUGUGUAU